AUGCAGCCUCAAGAAAUUCAACCCAAAUAUGCAAAAUUAAAUAUAGGUGGUUCGUUAUUUUACACUACAAUUGGUACCUUGACCAAGCAUGAUACAAUGCUGAAAGCUAUGUUUAGUGGUCGGAUGAAAGUACUUACUGAUACUGAAGGUUGGGUCUUAAUUGAUCGUUGUGGCAAGCACUUUAAUUCUGUGUUGAACUUUUUGCGUGAUGAACAUGUAGCUCUUCCAGAUAAGACACAUGAAAUAGCUGAGCUAUUAGCUGAAGCCAAAUUCUAUUUAAUAUCACCACUUGUUGAAUCUUGUCAACAAGCUUUACGGUCAAGACAAUGUAAAAUCGAACCUCAAUGUCGUAUACCUCUUACGUCUUGUAGUGCAGACUUAAGUCAACUUAUUACAAUGAGUACAAAACCAACCGUUAAACUUCUUAUAAAUAGACAUAACAACAAGUAUUCAUAUACAAGUGCUUCUGAUGAUAACUUACUAAAAAAUGUUGAAUUAUUUGAUAAACUUUCCUUGAGGUUUGGUUCAAGAUUUUUGUUUAUCAAAGAUGUUAGUGGUUCAAGUGAAAUAUGUUGCUGGAGUUAUUUUGGAUUGGCAACUAAAGUUGCUGAAGUUUGUUGCACAUCUAUUGUUUAUGCUACAGAUAAAAAACAUACUAAGGUUGAUUUCCCAGAAGCAAGAAUCUAUGAAGAAUGUCUUAAUCUUAUGCUAUAUGAAAAUCGCACAGAACCAGACCCAGAACUCAUGCAAGCUACAUCUUGGCGUGGUGCUGUAUCGGGUAUGUCAUCAGCUUAUGGAAGUGACGAUGAAGAAGAAAGAACUCGUAUAGGGCUUAGAAAAAGAUUAGUAUAG